AUGGGCUCCGAUCACGCCAAGCAGGAAGAGUUGGACCCCCAGCCGGCCGCUUUGGGCUCUAGGUCAGGUACGAGCGCCAAAGACAACGAAAAGCAAAGAGACUGGGAAGCAGACGAGAGCAGAGACUCGAUUACAACGUUGCCAGACUACGAAGGCAAACGGGAGACCCAACAUGAGCGGAGAGACCAUGUGCACCACAUUGGGAAGCUGAGGUUGAGGUCCGCCGACGACGACCUUCCCACCAGAUGGUGGUUUGCUUCCACUGCCAUCCCUCUCAUUGCGGCCACUUUCGCUCCCAUGGCCAACUUGGUUUCCAUUGCUGGUCUGGUCGUUCCCUGGAGAAACAAGGUCAUCGAGCACGAGCGCCUUACCUAUCAAUCGACCUCAGUGGGCUAUCCAGACCCGAGUUGGUGUAUCAAUCUCAACAUUGCAUCCCUUGUAUGCGGCUUUGUCGGAAAUCUCUUUCUUCUCUUCAAUUUCACCAAACGCAUUCGAUAUAUCGUGGCUCUGCCGGCGACCAUCGUCCUCUUCUACAUCGCCUCUGGGAUUUUGAUUGCUAUUACGGUCUCGAUGAAUGUCCAUGUCCCCCCGGGGCCGAAUGAAGUCUAUUCCCAAGGAUUUUGGAACGCCGUUCUCGCGGCCUGUCUAUACAUGUUUAAUUCCAUGAUCUUGAUGGUGAAUAUGUGGGGUUACUUUCUAGGCCAUUAUCCUCAGCACUUUACUUUGACCGACGAACAACGCAAUCUGAUCCUACAGACAAUGAUGUUCUUCAUAUGGCUGGGGGGAGGUGCUGGUGUAUUCUCUAGAAUCGAAAAAUGGACGUAUCCUGACGCAGUGUACUUUUGUGAUGUCACUAUCCUGACCAUUGGCUUUGGGGACUUCGUCCCAAACGACGAUCUUGGACGCGGUCUGGUGUUCCCUUACUCGGUGGGUGGAACGAUCAUUCUGGGUCUGAUGGUUAGCUCGAUCCACAAAUUUGCCGGAGAACUGAGUACGGUCAACGUGCUCGGGAAACAUGUCGAAACAAGAAGAAUAAACACAUUAUCCAGGGCCGUGACAGUUGAUGACGCCGAGGACCGAAGGCGAAGUGAACUAGAAAAGGAGAUAGAAGUCGAACAGUUUCAUGGACUUAAACCCAAGAUCUCCUCACCGUUACCAAAUCCCCGGAUCCAACAUGAUUUAGACGUGGCAGGCGGCCAUGCCCCACAAAAUGAGACGCCUCAAGCCCAAAAUUCAAAUCGUCAAGUUGGAUUCGAGCAUACCAAACCUGAAGAGCUUAAGAAGGCACAAGACUCGGAGCCCCAUCCGAACCAAUUUUUGAACACCACAUUCCAUCGAGGCCCAAUCCAUUCCACUCUGAGGCUAAUUGCGAAGCCUGUGUCAACACUGAGAAGAGUCAGGACGAGAUCUCAGAGAGUCAUCCUUAUGCGUGAAGAGAAAGACAGAUUCAACGCUAUGCGAGACAUCCAAUUGAACGCAAGAAAAUUCAAAAAGUGGUAUGCUUUGUUCGUGUCUGUCAUAGCUUUUGGGAUCUUAUGGUGUGUGGGCGCCAUAGUAUUCUGGCGGGCGGAGAAACCAACCCAAGACUUGAACUAUUUCCAGGCUCUGUAUUUCUGCUACGUCAGUUUGCUGACUAUCGGUUAUGGUGACCUAAGCCCCAAGAGCAAUGCUGGUAAGCCAUUCUUUGUGGUUUGGUCACUGAUUGCCGUGCCGACAAUGACAAUCCUGAUUUCGGAUAUGGGUGACACGGUCAUCUCGAGUUUCAAACGCGGCACUUUCAAACUUGGUGACAUGACUGUCCUGCCUAAGGCGGGCCUCUGGCACGAUCUUCUCAAAUCAGCCCCUUUCCUCUGGAAUUGGAUGAACAAGAAAGUCGAGAAGCGGCGUUUAAAAUCCGGUCUUCCCGUUGGACCCUCUGAAGGUGAAGGCUCACCUAACUUAAGCAUCGAACAGUUGGCAAGUGAGAAUCUCAGUGAAGCAGAAUUGACGCAACGACUCGCCUGGGCUAUUCGCAAAACGGCCGACGACCUUCAACAUUCGCCUGGGAAACGCUAUUCAUAUGAAGAAUGGUGCGAGUUUACAAAGCUGAUCCGCUUCACCAGAGCUGGACUCGACCAGCUAGACUAUGACGAAGAAACAGACGGCGUCAUAGAAUGGGACUGGCUUGAAGAAAAUAGUCCCAUGAUGAGCUCGCAGAGCGAAUCGGAAUGGAUCCUCGAUCGGCUUUGUGAGAGUUUGCUUCGAUUGCUGAAGAAAAAUACGCUGGGCAGUACGCCCAAUUCCGCAUUACUUCCAUCUGCUGACGCUGACGCUUCGACCUUCGAUUUUUCCCGUCGCGGCACCAUGUACGACGACCUGCCGACGGCUCGGAAGUCCGACAAGGCGAAUAAAAGCAAGGCUGUCGAGCCAAGCGAGCCUCGCAAGCCAAUGCAGGCACAGGAACGAAGACACCGAGCCUCGGGAGCGGACGCAGUAUUGACAUUCUUUACGGGCGGGAGGAGAGGAGACCAGACGUACGCCGAAUGCGCUCCCUUGUGGAGUAAGAAGGCCCAGGAACGGAUGAAGGAGCAGCGCAGGGGUAGCACUGGACAUAAGCGCAGAGGUCCCUUCAGCAAGCUCGACCAUAGAGGCAAGACAGGCGCAGUAGGUGGUGGAAGAGGUGGAGCAGGCAGCCGGACGCUCAAAAUGAGGUAUUUCACGGGUGAUGGUGAGGGAACGAGGUUUCCCAGGACUGACGAUUGA